UUCGGCCGCGGCAGCCAUCUUCCAGUAACUCGCCAAAAUGACGAACACAAAGGGAAAGAGGAGAGGCACCCGGUACAUGUUCUCUAGGCCUUUUAGGAAACAUGGAGUUGUUCCUUUGGCCACAUACAUGCGAAUCUACAAGAAGGGUGAUAUUGUAGACAUCAAGGGAAUGGGCACUGUUCAAAAAGGAAUGCCCCAUAAGUGUUACCACGGCAAAACCGGAAGAGUCUACAAUGUCACCCAGCAUGCUGUGGGCAUCAUUGUAAACAAGCAAGUUAAGGGCAAGAUUCUGGCCAAGAGGAUCAAUGUGCGGAUUGAGCACAUCAAGCACUCGAAGAGCAGAGACAGCUUUCUGAAGCGGGUGAAAGAGAACGAUCAGAAGAAAAAGGAGGCCAGAGAGAAGGGCACCUGGGUUCAGCUGAAGCGCCAGCCUGCACCACCCAGAGAAGCCCACUUUGUGAGGACUAACGGGAAGGAGCCCGAGCUGCUGGAGCCCAUCCCAUACGAAUUCAUGGCCUGAUGUACAAAAGAGAAAUAAAGGACCCGGACUGCAAAGUGCUCUCCUUAGGCUGAA